GAUGCCCUGCCGCGGAUAGGAGUGUUCACAGCUAAAAGUACAUGCAGAAACACAGAUCGCUUCCAGAGUCAGAAAGCAAACCUGAAAUUGGAUCCACAGAGCCGUGCUCUGGGAUCUCAAAUGUUGCUGCACUGCGGCGGUGGUACCACUCAACCAACCUUGCGCCGUCCCUCCUCCCACUUCUGCUUUAGCACCACCCCUUUCUUCGGCGGCGAUUGGCGGGCUGGGCGGGGCCCUCGGCGGCGAUUGGCGGCGGUUGGAGGGAGCGGGGUAGGUUGCGGGAAGGGCAAUAAAGUUAGUGGAGCGGCCUCCGUGCGCGUUAGACGCGGCGGCGGGUUGGCUCUCUAUGGAGGUGGCGGAGGGAAGCGCUGGGAGGCCGCUGCUCCUGCCGUGCCGCCGGGAUCCGGGGAAGCUGACAAGGCCUUAGGGAAGAUUCUUCGUUGUCAAGCCGCCAAAGUGGAGAGUGCGAUUGCAGAAGGGGGUGCUUCUCGUUUCAGUGCUUCUUCGGGCGGAGGAGGUGGUAGGGGUGCGCCUCAGCACUAUCCCAAGACUGCCAGCAACAGCGAGUUCCUGGGGAAAACCCCAGGGCAAAACGCUCAGAAAUGGAUUCCUUCACGAAGCACUAGACGAGAUGACGACUCCGCAAAUGACAAAGAACGACAUGAUGCAAUCUUCAGGAAAGUAAGAGGCAUACUAAAUAAGCUUACUCCUGAAAAGUUUGACAAGCUAUGCCUUGAGCUCCUCAAUGUGGGUGUAGAGUCUAAGCUCAUCCUAAAAGGGGUCAUACUGCUGAUCGUAGACAAAGCCCUUGAAGAGCCCAAGUAUAGCUCAUUGUAUGCUCAACUAUGUCUGCGACUGGCAGAAGAUGCACCCAACUUUGAUGGCCCAUCAGCAGAGAGUCAUCCAGGACAGAAGCAAAGCACAACAUUCAGACGCCUCUUAAUAUCUAAACUUCAAGAUGAAUUUGAAAACAGAACCAGAAAUGUUGAUAUCUAUGAUAAGCAUGAUGGUCCCCUCCUCCCUGAGGAGGAGGAACAGAGAGCCAUUGCCAAGAUUAAGAUGCUGGGGAACAUCAAAUUCAUUGGAGAACUUGGCAAGCUUGAUCUUAUUCAUGAAUCUAUCCUUCAUAAGUGCAUCAAAACACUUUUGGAAAAGAAGAAGAGAGUCCAGCUCAAAGAUAUGGGGGAGGAUUUGGAGUGCCUCUGUCAGAUAAUGAGGACAGUGGGACCUAGAUUAGACCAUGCAAAAGCCAAGUCCUUAAUGGAUCAGUACUUUGCCCGUAUGCGCUCCUUGAUGUCAAGUAAGGAAUUGCCAGCAAGGAUUCGUUUCCUGCUGCAGGAUACUGUGGAGUUGAGAGAACACAACUGGGUUCCUCGCAAAGCUUUUCUUGACAAUGGACCAAAGACUAUCAAUCAAAUCCGUCAAGAUGCAGUAAAAGAUCUGGGAGUCUUUAUUCCUGCUCCUAUGUCUCAAGGGAUGAGAAGCGACUUCUUUCUGGAGGGACCGUUUAUGCCACCCAGGAUGAAACUUGACAGGGACCCACUUGGAGGGCUUGCUGAUAUGUUUGGACAAAUGCCAGGUAGCGGAAUUGGUACUGGUCCAGGGGUUAUUCAGGAUAGAUUUUCACCCACCAUGGGACGCCAUCGUUCAAAUCAACUUUUCAAUGGCCAUGGGGGUCACCUCAUGCCUUCUGCUCAAUCCCAGUUUGGAGACCUAGGCAAAUCUUUUCUGAAAAGUCAGGGGCAAAGCCAGCUCUACCAUAACCAGAAUCAGGGACUCUUAUCCCAGCAACAAGGACAGUCGAAGGAUAUGCCACCUCGGUUUUCUAAGAAAGGACAGCUUAAUGCAGAUGAGAUUAGCCUGAGACCUGCUCAGUCUUUUCUAAUGAAUAAAAACCAAAUGCCAAAGCUUCAGCCCCAGAUAACUAUGAUUCCUCCCAGUGCACAACCACCACGCACUCAGACACCACCUUUGGGACAGCCUCCUCAACUUGGACUCAAAACAAAUCCACCACUUAUUCAAGAAAAGCCUGCAAAGACCACCAAAAAACCGCCUCCUUCUAAAGAGGAGCUGCUUAAACAAACUGAAGCUGUUGUGACCGAGUAUUUGAACAAUGGAAAUGCAAAUGAUGCUGUCAAUACUGUGAGAGAAAUGAGAGCUCCAAAACAUUUCAUUCCUGAGAUGUUGAGCAAAGUAAUCAUUCAGUCCCUAGACCGAUCAGACGAAGACAAAGAAAAAGCUAGUACUCUGAUCAGCCUGCUCAAACAGGAAGGAAUAGCCACAAGUGACAAUUUCAUGCAGGCAUUCCAAAAUGUAUUGGACCAGUGCCCCAAACUGGAGGUGGACGUCCCAUUGGUGAAAUCCUAUUUAGCACAGUUUGCAGCCCGUGCUAUUAUUUCAGAACUGGUGAGCAUUUCCGAACUGGCUCAACCACUGGAAAGUGGCACCCAUUUCCCUCUCUUCCUGCUUUGCCUUCAACAGUUAGCUAAGUUACAAGAUCGUGAAUGGCUAACAGAAUUGUUCCAACAAAGCAAAGUGAAUAUGCAGAAAAUGUUACCAGAAAUUGACCAGAACAAGGACCGCAUGCUGGAGAUCUUAGAAGGGAAGGGACUUAGCUUCUUAUUCCCGCUUCUGAAACUGGAGAAGGAACUGCUAAAGCAAAUAAAAUUGGAUCCAUCCCCUCAAGCCAUCUAUAAGUGGAUUAAAGAUAACAUUUCACCCAAACUUCAUGUAGAUAAAGGAUUUGUGAAUAUAUUGAUGACCAGUUUUUUGCAGUAUAUUUCUAGUGAAGUAAACCCACCUAGUGAUGAAACAGAUUCUUCAUCUGCUCCUUCUAAAGAGCAGCUGGAGCAGGAAAAACAACUGCUUCUGUCCUUCAAGCCGGUAAUGCAGAAGUUCCUCCAUGACCAUGUUGAUCUGCAAGUGAGUGCUUUAUAUGCACUUCAGGUGCACUGCUACAACAACAACUUCCCAAAAGGCAUGUUACUACGCUUCUUUGUUCAUUUCUAUGACAUGGAGAUCAUUGAAGAAGAAGCCUUUUUGGCAUGGAAAGAAGAUAUUACUCAAGAGUUUCCAGGGAAAGGCAAAGCUUUAUUCCAGGUAAACCAAUGGCUAACCUGGCUGGAAACUGCUGAAGAAGAAGAAUCUGAAGAAGAAGCUGACUAAAGAACCAGCCAAAGCCUUAAAUUGUGCAAACAUACUGUUGCUAUGAUGUAACUGCAUUUGACCUAACCACUGCGAAAAUUCAUUCCGCUGUAAUGUUUCACAAUAUUUAAAGCAGACGUUUGUCAGUAGGAUAUCCUCUGCAAAAGGUUUUUGUAGUAUGUCUUAAUAGUCUACAAUAAAAAUAUUCUAGAGUAUCUUUAAUGUUUAGGUAACAGUGUAUUAGCAGCAUGCAAUAAUUACAUCAUAAGUUCUCAAGCAGGAGCAGUCUAUUGCAAGGGUCGUCUUUGCUGCCAGUUAUCAUAGGCUGUUUUUAAGUUAGAAAACUGAAUAGCAACACUGAAUACUGUAGAAAUGCACUUUGCUCAGUGUAAUACUUGAGUUGUUGCAAUAUUUGAUUAUCCAUUUGGUUGUUACAGAGAAUCCUUAACUGUAAUCGAUGGUUGUUGCCGUAAUAGUAUAUUGCCUGUAUUUCUACCUCUAGUAAUGGGCUUUAUGUGCUAGGUUUUAAUAUCUUUGAGCCUGGGCAAGUGCACAAGUCUUUUUUUAAAAAAAAAAAAAAAGAAAGAAACAUUUAAUUGCACAAAAAUUGAUCAGCUUGGAAAGAUGGUUUAAUGCCCUUUGGAAGAGGUUUUCGUGGGUGUGAAACAUGAAAUGUUGAGAAAUUUGAAUUGGUCCCUUUAUAAUAGUAUUGAAAUUAAGUCUACUUUAAUUUAUCAAGACAUGUUCAUGCCCUGAUUUUAUAUACUUGUAUCUUAUCAAUAAACAUUGUGAUACUUGA